AUGGAUUUCAAUCGCUUGUAUGUAUCGUGUGCACCGCCGUCUCUUCUACAGUCUCUCCCUGAAGAAGUGAUUGGCGUUGGUGCCUUGUCGCGGUCUUCUCUCUCUCUAUUGUCUGUAUUUACUGAUCUUCUUGGCCAAUUGGUCACAAGGAAGUUCGCACUUUGCCUCCCGAGCUCGAUUGAAGCUCGUGGGGCGAUAUUCUUUGGCGAUGGUCCGUACUAUCUACCGUACCACCGUGAUCCUUCGACAGACUUUGAUGUGGCAAAAGUACUCACCUACACUCCUUUGCAAGGCGAUCGGACGUCGCUAGGAUAUUUUAUCAACCUUACUGGCAUAUCGAUCCAUGGGAAGGACAUGCAUGUUCCACAGAACAGCUUCAAUUGCAAUCAGAGCGUGAAGCUUAGUACUAUUGUACCAUACACUACACUAAAGAGCAACAUUUACAAGACUUUUAUUAGGGGUUUUAAGAAGGCUGCCAAAGGCAUCAAUCAAGUGCCCAAAGUGGAGCCGUUUCGUUUGUGCUUCACUGUAGGAACGAGCACCAACGGGCUAGUCAUUCCCCAGAUCGAUCUUUUGCUAGGAAAUGGAGAGAAAUGGACCAUCUAUCCAUCAAACUCGAUAAAGCAAGUCGAUGACAACGUUGCGUGCUUGGCUUUCAUCGACGGAGGGAAAACCGCGGAGCAAGCUGUCGUGAUCGGGACAUUUCAAAUGGAGGAUAACUUGCUUCAAUUUGAUUUGGAUCAGUCAAGAUUGGGUUUCAGCUCUUCCUUGUAUCCUUACGGGACUACAUGUGGCGGCUUCAAUUUCACGGUUUGA